CAUUUCGACUGAUUUGAAAGUGAACUAUCCACUAUUUAUCACAAAAAAAACAUUUUUUUGAAAGUGCAUGUUAUCGUGUCCUGUGAAUAUUUCAUCUACGCGCGUUCCACUGGAAAUACGAGGCCCUCCGAUCACAACGAUUGUCGCCGAUGUUGGGUGGUGGGGUCACAUGCUCUCCCCACAUCACAUCGAGCUUCGGAGCUGGCUCUUCACGGUUCAGGCUACCGUAGAACGCGUCGAACUCGGGCGGUCCCAGUGUGCUCCCAGCGUCUGGCCAACCAAAGCAACGUGCACUCAUCGUUCCUAAUAACGUAUAUUGUUUACAAUAAACAUUGGUAAACGGUUCUGAGGUCCCCAAAUCAGCUUGAGGGCGAGCAAGGUGUGUCGUUAGUUGUUUGACGUGUUUGAAAUAGUGUGAUCGAGUAGAGUGGUUCGAGGCGGGUUGUGUGCGGCGCGCCUGACACAACAAGGACAGACCAAUUGUGGGAGUGAGACAAGAAGUGUGUAGAAGGAUUUUCGACAACAUGGCCACCACGAUCGACGAUCGGCAGGAGCUUUUGGAGCAGUUCCAAACGAUUGAUGAGAAUGGAGAUGGUUUCAUUGACCUCGCAGAAUUGCGCAAUGCCUUAGAUGUGUGUGGCUUCAAAAUGCCAGGGUAUAAAGUCCGUCAAAUGAUUGAGGAAUACGACGACAAACAGCAUCUCCAACACAAGGGUCGUCUCUCUUUCGAGGAGUUUGAAAAGCUCUGCAAAGAAUUGAAAGCCAACGAGUUGGGCUCAACUUUCAAAACUGUUGUAUCGAAGAAAGAAAAUUUAGAGACUCUUGGAGGAAUAUCGGAGGCGUCCAGUGAAGGCACAACUCACUCAGUUAGAUUAGAGGAACAGUUGGCUUUUAGCGACUGGAUCAAUACAAAUCUUGGACAUGAUCCGGAUCUCAAACAUUUGUUGCCCAUCGAUGGGGAAGGGAGAUUGCUGUAUGAUAAAGUCAAGGAUGGUAUUCUAUUAUGCAAAAUCAUCAAUCACUCCUGCCCAGAUACGAUCGACGAGCGUACUAUAAAUAAAAAAAAUCUCACCCUCUACAAAAAGCACGAAAACUUGACCCUAGCCCUAUCAUCAGCUCAAGCAAUAGGCUGCAACAUAGUGAACAUCGAUGCUCACGAUUUAACGAAAGGCUCCCCCCACCUGGUUCUCGGUCUCCUCUGGCAGAUAAUCCGAAUCGGUCUGUUCAAUCAAAUAACCCUGGAAAAUUGUCCAGGUCUGGCAACCCUCCUCCAACAAGGUGAAAGAAUCGAGGAUCUUCUCAAGCUCUCUCCCGAAGCGAUCCUCCUUCGCUGGGUGAAUCAUCACCUGGAGAAUGCUGGUAUUGCCAGAAGAUGCAACAACUUCCAGUCUGAUAUUACAGACUCGGAGAUUUACUCUCACCUAAUCAAACAAAUAGCUCCCAAUACUUCUGAUGUUACAUUGGAGGCUCUUAUGGAGCCCAAUCACAUGACAAGGGCUGAGAUAAUGCUUCAGCAGGCUGGCAAACUCGGCUGCAGGAGUUUCGUAACGCCUAGUGACGUGGUCAAUGGAAUUUACAAGCUCAAUCUCGCCUUCGUUGCUAACAUGUUCAAUAAUUAUCCAGGAUUGGACAAACCAGAGACGAAUAUUGAAGGGCUGGACGCUCUGGAGGAGACACGAGAGGAGAAAACCUACAGAAAUUGGAUGAACUCGAUGGGAGUGUCACCCCACGUCAAUUGGCUCUACUCAGAUCUUGCUGAUGGUCUGGUGAUAUUCCAACUCUACGACAUCAUCAAACCUGGGACAGUAAAGUGGCCCAAAGUGCAUAAAAAAUUCACCAAACUUCGAAAAUUCAUGGAGAAAUUGGAGAACUGCAAUUAUGCCGUGGAAUUAGGGAAGCAAAUGAACUUUUCACUUGUUGGCAUUGCAGGCCAAGAUAUUAAUGAUGGAAAUGCAACCCUCACGCUUGCUCUUAUCUGGCAAUUGAUGAGAUCGUACACUUUGUCGUUACUUUCCAGUCUUGCUGGUACUCCUGGAAGUACGAUCGUUGAGAAGGAAGUCGUUCAGUGGGUUAAUUCUAAGCUUCAAGGGGCUGGUAAGACCAGCAGCAUUAAAGGCUUUCAAGAUUAUGCCAUUGCUGAUGGAAGGCCUGUCAUCGAUCUCAUUGACGUCAUCAAGCCUGGAAGUGUCAAUUAUGAUCUCGUGAAAUCUAGUGGCACUGAAGAGGACAACCUAGAUAAUGCUAAAUACGCUAUAUCACUGGCGAGAAAAUGUGGUGCACGUGUGUACGCGCUGCCGGAGGACAUCACCGAAGUGAAACCCAAGAUGGUAAUGACAGUAUUUGCCUGUCUAAUGGCGAUGGAUUACGUUCCCAAUAUGGAUUCCAAACAAAACAGCAUUAAUAGUCUCAAUAACGAAAGUAACAAUUCAAACGGGCAAUAUUAAAAUGUUCAUUAUCAUUCAUGUACCUAUGCGUCCUCUUUCCAAUGACACUAGGCUAAUGUAAAUACACGAAUCAUGUUGGAAAGAUCGGAAUAACGAGUCAAAGGGAAGGCCUAAUCAGUAAUAAACUUCCUUCCCUCUCUUAGAAUUCCACAAACACUUGCGAAUUUAUGAUUUAUAAACGUGCACGAAAAAAUAGGAACAACGGUGACUUCAUUGAGAACUAGCAUUGAAUUUCUAUUUAAGAUUCUGUCAGCGUCUGGGCGAUUCCAUUAAAGACUUCUGCAGCUUUAUUGCGCAUUUUUUAAAUCUUGAAUAUUUAAAGGAAGCAACUUUAUCUGAAUCACCAGAGGAAGCGUCUUUCUUGAAGAUCGUCAAUGGUUUUCCACUCUAUGUUUUAUGUCUGUCCUUCAAGAAAAUGGAAUAUCAAAACUUGUAAAAUUUAGACCUACAAAGACCUCAUAAUAUUUCAAUGGAAGGAAAUGUUUUCCAAUUCUAUUGGCUUUUUCAAUAGAAUAUCGCCCAUUGUGAUAGAAUCACUCGGAAACGAAUGGGAAUUCAAUUCUACUUUUCAGCAAACUAGUUACAUUUUUCUACGAUAUUUUUUCGUACAUAAACGCUCGCUUCCAAUUAACCGUACCUAUGUGUAUCAAAAGUAUAUAUAUUUUUUUCUAAUUUAAGUAAUAUAUUGCAAUCAACUUAUAUUAUUGUAACUGCUGCGAUAUAAAAAAUCGGAAAUUAAAGCAUACGAUUUUUUUCUCAAUAAGACUAUACAAAAGAGCCUAAUCGAAGGAACAAAUACAUUUGCGUUUCAGGUCAUUGUCCACAUGACGAAAUAAAUAAUGUAUUAUUCUUUCACCAUCAAAAUUGCAAUAUAUACGUAUAUGGAUAGAAUUUAGUCAAAACGCACACUAAUCAUGUCAAGUGCCAUUGAGAAUAAAUGAAUUUUUCAACAAUUGAAAUUCCAAAAUUGAGAGACUGUGAAUUGUUUUUCUCUUCACAGCACGCGAUAAUAAAUUUUCUGUACUUACUAAUUGCAUCGUCGAAUUGAUAACGAUGAUCAUGUUAACUAGGAAUUCUCCAUUUGCAUGGAGUAUUGUACUAAUUUUUAAUCAUCUUUGGGUGGUAAUGGUCAAGAGAAAGUAGGGUAUUAGUGCGUACACGUAGAAAUAAUUGAAUGAGGAACAAGAGACUGCCUCGAAAAAAAUUGAAAUCUUGAUGGAUUAAUACAACGUAAAAACAUAUGAUGUAAUUUUACAUGUUAAUACACAUUUUGUCUAUUGACGUCCAUCAAAUUUGUACAAUUUAUAUGUGAAUUUAUACCAAUCUUUUGAUACGUAUGUUUGAGCUGAUUAGAACAACAGUAAUUAGUGCAUAAUUGAUGGGGCACUUGCAAUGAAUUUAUUUAAGGGUGAAAGUGAAUCAGGAAUUUAACAAGUACGCAUGCAAGUCAUUCAACUAUUUUUUAUUUUUCAAGGUAUCAAAUCUUUUAUGGAACUAUCAGCAUACGGAUGAUAUAUGUAAGCGACGUUAUGAUUUUGUUGCCGAUAUAUUUAAAUAAAAAAAAAACGGAAUCAAACCGUUUUUAUUCAACCAUUUGAAA